UCCCCCCUUUGGGCCGCCGCGGCAACAAAACCACGGCCAUGCUCUCCGCCGCCGCCUCGGCCAUCCCCAGGCUCCGGUGCGCUGCGCCGGCGAGGUACGCUUCGUCGAGAACCCAAUGGUCGCUGCUGCUGCGGCGCCCGCUCUCCUCCUCUCCGAAUGUAGCGCCCGCCGCCGCGGCCUCGGGGCCAGGGCCACUGGAGCCGCCGGACCUUCCCCGCCUCGCCAAAUCCGCCCGGAUAUCUCUCUCGCCGCAGGAGGCCGAGGAAUUCGCGCCCAAGAUUCAGCAGGUGGUAGAUUGGUUUGGGCAGCUUCAAGCGGUUGAUCUUGAGUCCAUUGAGCCUUCACUUAGAGCUGAUACUGCAGUGGGUAGUUCUUUGAGAGAAGACAAGGCGGAACCAUUUGCUAACAGAGAUGCCAUAAUAAAGGCCCUUCCGAGCUAUGACGACCCAUACAUCAAAGUGCCAAGAGUGCUGAACAGCGAAUAA